GUGCUGCUUUGCAGUCUUCAAAUGUUUGUUUGGAUGCCAAAGUGCCAAAUUUAGUUGUCAAGUUUGUCUUGUUAGGAUUCUGACGUCUUGGUAUCUACAUUUACAGCGUUUUUAACCGAUAUGCAGUCUUUAAGAAAUCUCUUCCGGGCCGCCUGGUCUUCUGACGCAAAGCUUGACGGGAAAACUGUGGUCAUCACCGGCGCCAACACCGGGAUCGGCAAAGAAACCGCCAUCGACCUGGCAAAAAGAGGGGCCAGAGUCAUCAUCGCCUGCAGGGACAUGGAGAAAGCGCAGGCGGCGGUGAAGGAAAUCAUGGAAAAGUCCAACAGCAACGCGGUGGUGAGCAUGAAGCUGGACCUGUCCAACAGUCAGUCCAUCAGGGAGUUUGCAGAAGUCAUCAACCGAGACGAGCCAAAACUUAACAUCCUCAUCAACAACGCCGGCGUGAUGGUUUGUCCCUAUGGGAAGACGGCCGACGGCUUUGAGAUGCAGAUCGGCGUCAACCACCUGGGUCACUUCCUGUUGACGUACUUAUUGAUCGACCUGAUCAAGAGGUCGGCCCCCGCCAGGAUCGUCACCGUGUCGUCCAUGGCUCACGCCUGGGGCUCCAUCAACCUGGACGACCUGAACAGCGAGAAGAGCUACAGCAAGAGCAAAGCCUACGCCCAGAGCAAGCUGGCCAACGUGCUCUUCACGCGCUCGCUGGCUAAGCGGCUAGAAGGUACCGGCGUGACGGCGUACUCCCUCCAUCCCGGCGUCGUUCAGACGGAUCUGUGGCGCCACCUGAGCGCUCCGGAGCAGUUCUUCAUGAAAAUAGCCAGACCCUUCACCAAAAACUCCCUGCAGGGGGCUCAGACCACCAUUUACUGUGCCGUGGAGCCGUCUCUGGACACGGAGAGCGGAGGAUACUACAGCGACUGCGCCGCCGCCAGCUGCUCGUCUGCCGGCAAAGACGACACCGUGGCAGAGAAGCUGUGGGAUCUGAGCUGCCGGAUGCUCGGCAUAACGUGGGAGUGAUGCGCUCCAAACCCCCAAGGCCUUCGCUUGUUUGGGACACGUCUUUUACGCAAUGCGCCGCAUUUCACGGCCGCUCUGUUCUGAAAACGCGUGACUGUUUUUUUAUGUUUUAGCUUCCUCAUGUCUAAUAAAGUCACGGUAGGGAUCCAAUCUUUUAAAUAACUUAAGGUUCUUUGUAAAGAGUUUAAUAAUCUAUAUCACAGCUUUUCCUUGUAUCAGCUGUUUUUAUACAUUUUACAUGAAUUUUAUCAUUAAAUACUCUAAAUACUAAAAA